UUUUUGGGGGUGGUUUGGGUGUUGCGCUUUCAUCAAUCAAGCCCUCACCUCUUUUAAUUAUUUUUCCUUAUUUUUGCUUAUUUUUGCUUAUUUUUUAAUAAAAAAUUUUUUUAGAUUUCAUAGACCACUUUUAUGCAGUUUUGUGACCUCAUUCAGUGAAAAUGAUAAUUUAAUAACUUAAUUUUUUCAAUGUUUUAGGUAGAUUUAAGUAGGUUUGUACCACAAACUCCGACACCGUUCCCGAACGAUUUUUUCACACCUCUUCCCGAUCCGAACCCCGACCAUAUUUCUCCCCCGACCCGAACCCAGCUCCGAAACAAUUCGAAAACCCCAUACUCCGACAUGCCCACCCCGAGCGUUCUGGGGUACAACCUUAGAUUCAAGUUAGGACUGGUUUUCAUGGACAAAUUUCCUUUUUCCAAUACUAGGUUCAAUUCAUGCUUCGAAAAGGGAUCUGGGAUCGUUUAGGAUUUUUUUCUAACAAAAGAAACUAAAUUUUUCUCAAUAUCCGGCAUUUUAAGUACUCUUUCUCCUUUACUUUUUAUUAAUUUCUUCUUCCGUUUUGGUUACUUGAAAGUUAAAAUAAAAUGUGAAAUAAAAAUAAUUUUUAGGAAUUUUAGAUUUUUUUCUUUAAAGGAAUCUCUCAUCAAAUAAAAAAUUUCAUCUAAUUUACUUCCAAUUUUCUAUCAAAAAAAUUUUUAUUUGGCAAAAAACAAAUAAAAAUAAUAAACUAGAAAUAAAAUUAACCUAAUUUUUUUUUAAAUUUUUUCAUGGAAAUUGAUCUUUUCUUUUAUUGUUUUCAUUUUUCUCCUUCUACACUACCACAAUUUUCUUAUAAAUUCUUUAUUAUUUUUUUCCCGAAACAAAAACAUCAUUUCCGCCCUAUUCUCGCCGAUGUAUUCACUGGAGAUUCCUUUAAAAAUAAAAUUAAUGUUCUGAUAUUUAUUUAUUCCUUCGAAAAUAAAUUCUGA